AUGGAUAAGUAUGGUAGACCAGACCCAAUUCAAUUAUCAAUAUCAGUCAGUAAUUACACCAAGGCUUACAAAUUGCCUGAACUAAAGACAGUGAUGGUGGUGUACAAUAAAUAGAUCUUAAAAACUGCCUAAUCUCCUGAUGCGACAGAAUCCAUUAUAGAUAUUAGGACUCCUAAGAAUAAAGUUUUAGAAUUGCCAAAACCUGCAAAAAUCGAAAUUUUGUAAGGCCAUUUACCAUAUACAAAUGGCUGCUACUAUGUUGGUUUAUAUAAUGCGAAAAAAAAAAAAGAGAGGGAUGGGAAUAAUUUGAUAUAAGGAACAUUCCUGAAUAAUUAUCCUGAAGGGGAUGACAUAGAAAUGUGGAGAGAAGAUGCUUAAGAUGACAAAACUCAUGUGGAUUUAUCUGAUUGGGAAUACUUUAAGGGGUAGGUUGCUUAAGGGAUGAAAUAGGGGAAGGGAGAGUUGAGAUUUAAAAAUCAAAACUAUUUUAGGGGUAGAUUCGUUGAUGAUGGUGUUUGUGGAAGUGGGAUCUAUUAUUAUUAGAGUCAUAGUGUUGAAGGGAUAUGGAUGAAUGAUAAAUUCAUGGCUAAACAUUGA